UCUACACGUAUGGACAAAAAUAGCUCAAAAUGGCGACUGAGGCUAAUCGCUAAUUACGUCUUGAAUUCUAGAAAAUUGAGUUCAGUGAGAAUGUGAAAAGGCUAAAAUGCCUACACCAGAAUCAACAGUCACCUCUGUCUCGUCGAUAGAGUCAGAAUUGUAUUUCCUCAUCGCUCGAUUCCUGUCUUCGGGGCCUUGUAAGAAGGCAUCAGAAGUGCUGCUUGGGGAGCUGAAAGAACACAAGCUUUUACCUAAAAGAAUUGACUGGGAAGGCAGAGAACACUACAGAAGUUAUUCCAACUUGAUUGAUUUAUUCCGUCACAUAUCAUGUGGCCACCUCCUCAAUAUAUGUGAAAGGCUUGGGCCAUUGUUGGAUAAAGAAGUUCCGCCAAGUAUCACAGGAGUUCGCUCCCUUCUUGGUGCAGGGAGUCUGUCACUGCUUCGAACUGUAGAAAACUCUAGACAGACAAAAUGGGCAUGUUCUCAGCUGGCUGUUCUGCAUCAUGCAGAACCAUUACUGCCCCCACGGAACAUUGCACAUUUCUCCCACUGUUCUUUGCUGAAAGGCAGAGAGUUGACUGGUCGCAGUCGACGGGAUUUGAUAUUCCAGUGCCAUCAAUACAGCCACGUGUCUCUCCAUGACAGGAAGCUGGGUCACCUCUCGGCUGUGUAUUGUGUGUCCUUCGACAGGACAGGCCAGUACAUCUUCACAGGUGCUGAUGACCAUUUAGUGAAGAUCUGGAGUGCUUCUGCUGGCCGUCUGCUUGCUACGUUUCGAGGUCACGCAGCAGAGAUCACCGAUCUGGCUGUCAACUUUGAGAACACAUUGCUGGCGUGUGGCAGCUGUGAUAAGUUUAUUCGUGUGUGGUGUCUGCGAACCAAGGCCCCGGUCAUUGUUCUACAAGGCCACACUGGCAUGAUCACAUCUGUGCAGUUUUGUCCCCAAGCAAAGGGUGAAACCCGCUACCUUGCCACAACAGGAGCUGAUGGCUGUGUUUGUUUCUGGCAGUGGAAUGUGAACACCCUUAAGUUCAACACCAAGCCGAUCAAGUUUGUUGAGCGUUCUCGGGCAGGUGCACAGAUGCUGUGUUCAUCCUUCAGCCCCGGUGGCCUGUUCCUUGCCACAGGGAACUCAGAUAAUGUGAUACGGGUCUACUUCUUUCAUGCCACUACUCCAGAGAAGAUAUGUGAACUUGAAGCACAUAAGGACCGAGUGGAUAGCAUCACCUACAGUAACCAGGGCAUGAGGUUUGUCAGUGGCAGCAAGGAUGGCACUGCCAGGAUCUGGCGCUAUGAGAGGCAGGAGUGGAAAGCUCUAGUGCUUAACAUGGCUACCAAGUUGCAAAGUAAAUCUGCCCCUGCCCAUGUUGACGCACCUCCCACUGAUGACAGUAAGAAGGAUAAGUACCAAGUGACCAUGGUGGCGUGGGUGAUGGAUGAUGAACAUGUUGUCACAGCUGUCAGCGAUUAUUCUCUUAAAGUGUGGAACUCCCAUACAGGCAGACUUGUACAUGUAUUAGAGAGUCACCAAGAUGAAGUGUUCGUGCUGGAGCCGAGUCCUGUCGACGCCCGAAUCCUCCUCAGUGCGGGCCAUGAUGGCAACAUUGUCAUCUGGAACUUGCAGACAGGGACUAAGAUCAAAACAUUCUUUAACAUGAUAGAAGGUCAAGGCCAUGGGGCUGUGUUUGACUGUAAGUUUGCUCCAGACGGUCUGAGUUUUGCAGCUGUAGACUCCCAUGGACAUCUACUGUUGUUUGGAUUUGGAUCAAAUGAGAAGUUUCAGAAGGUACCGAAAGAAGUAUUUUUCCACACAGAUUACCGCCCACUGAUCCGUGAUGCCAAUAACUAUGUGCUUGACGAACAAACGCAACAGGCCCCCCACCUGAUGCCACCUCCCUUCCUCGUGGACAUCGAUGGCAACCCCUACCGCCCCAUCACCCAGCGCCUUGUCCCUGGCAGAGAGAACUGUAAGGAUGACAUGCUGAUCCCUGAGGUGGCUGUCAAUGAGGAGGGAUCCUCCGAGGUUAUUGGUGAUGGUGAGCCACUAGGUGGCCCCCUGGCUGAGCCUGCUGUGAUAGAACGGGUCCGCCCUAGCCUCGACGCUAUGAUACAGAGGCUUCAGCUGGAGCAGGAUCAUCGGAUUGCCCUGGAGGGAGGGGAACCGCUGGCCUCACCCCCACCUGUAGGCUCACCCCCUCCCUUUGUGUCCCCAAGAUCAACCAGGAACAAUCAGGGUCGAGUUGGAAUGCGUCGCAGUGGGGAGACGGAGGGAGUAAGGCAGUCACUCGGCAAUGUCACGCUCAGGGCCACAAAGAGUGACAUUGCAGCCCUGAAGAGAAGAGUUGUCGUAAAACCGCUAGAUCCAGAAGUAAUGUGGCGACAUGAGGAGAAGAGAUUGGCAUUUGCUGAUGAAGAAUUUAAGAAAUUUGUCUUCGAGAGGAAAAAAAAGCCCAAUUCUCCACACAGUGCUCACUCUGCUGCAUCAAAAGAUAAACGUAAGCAGGCACAAGCUGCAGGGGCCAACACUGCUGAGAAUGAGGAGACCGCCAGGAACAGACUGUUCACCCGAGCACUGUAUGACACUGAAGAGGAGGAGGAUGAGGAAGGCAACAGCUCAGGAUCUGACUUCAUGCAUGAAAGUGACUCUGAUGAGUAUUCUGAUUGGAUGGGGGAUACAGGAAGUAAUCUGCAGCCUCCAAAACGUAUGUCACAGCGGCAGAGAAAACGCAAACGCUUCACAUCCACAGAAGAUGAUCAAGAUGAUGAUGAUGAUGAUAAUGAGGAGGAGGACAAUGAUAAAGAAAAUGACCAGGACAGUGGCAGUAAUGUGGAGAGGAAGGCAAAGAAAGCAAAACCUCCACCAAAGAAAAAGAAAAAGAAAGUGGUCAAGCACCAGCAGCCCAAGAUGCCAUCAGGUGUAACAGAACUGUCUGAAGCAUUCCGACCACCGGAAUGGCUGACUGAUACCAUUCCACGCAAGGCGCCAUUUGUUCCUCAGAUGGGCGAUGAGGUCAUGUACUUCCGCCAAGGUCAUGAACUCUACCUGAAUGCAGUGGUCAAGCAUAAAGUGUAUGAAGUGAACCCCAACAACAACCAGCCAUGGCACAAGAAUCCAAAACUCAGGGAACAAGAGUUGGUUAAAAUUGUUGGCAUCAAGUAUGAAAUCCGGCCACCGAGACUGUGCUGUCUCAAGCUUGCCUUCAUUGACCAUGAGAGUGGGAAGCUGACCGGGGGAACAUUCUCCAUCAAGUACCACGACAUGCCUGAUGUCAUCGACUUCCUGGUGCUCAAGCAGACCUACAACAUUGCCAUGAAGAGAAAAUGGAAACCGAAUGACCGGUUCCGGGCCAUGAUAGACGACCACUGGUGGAUGGGCACAGUCCAGUCACAGGAACCCUUCCAGGCCGAGUUCACAGACAGCAUGUACCAGUGCUUCAAUGUCCACUGGGACAAUGGGGAACAUGAGAAGCUAAGUCCAUGGGAUCUGGAGCUGAUUGAUGAAGAAAGUGUACCAGGGGACGUUGGCGGGGGAGUGAUGGUUGAGAAGGAGGAGUUGAAGAUGUUGCUGUACAACCCAGGGCAGAGUGAAUGGCCGCCGUGUGGCCGUGACGAGGAGUGUGACAGGAUCGUUCAUGGGCUGGAGGAGGUCAUGCAGCACUCCAUGGCUGAGCCCUUCAAUGCACCAGUGGACCUGAAUGCCUUUCCACUGUAUGCCCAUGUGAUCGAAUACCCUGUUGACCUGAGCACCAUCAAGGCCAGACUGGAGAACAGGUUCUACAGGAGAGUGAAUGCUGUCCAGUUUGAUGUCAGGCAUAUUGAGUCGAAUACUGCAAGGUUCAAUGAGCCAGGAAGUGCCAUUGUACAGAAGGCAGGAAUCAUCACCGAGACAAUGCUUAGCUUCAUCAGUGACAGUGAUGCUAUUGAUGCUAUGCCAUUCCUGGCAGAGGAGAUGAAGGAGAGAAAGAUGAACACUUCCUCCUCUGAUACUGAUGACGUCACUGAAGAUGCAACCAACAGUCGGAAGAGGAAGAGGGGAGAUAAAGUGAAGGGCAACAAGAGAUCGCGCCUGGAGAAGCCCCAGGAUCCCAACAAGUGGAAGUCUGAGUGUUCGCAGCUCAUUACCAGGAUCCUGGAGUGUGAGGAUAGCAAGCCGUUCAGGACCGCUGUUGACCCUGAUGAAUAUCCAGACUACUACAAGUUUGUGGAGAACCCAAUGGACUUUGGCCAAGUGCUGGAGAAGGUGGACACUGACCAGUUUGCAAACCCCAUUGAGUUGUGUCGGGACGUCAGACUCAUCUUCACAAAUUCCAAGUCCUAUAACACUAACAAGAAAUCUAGAAUAUAUGCAAUGACGUUACGAUUAUCGGCCAUGUUUGAAGAUCAGAUCAAGGAGAUAACCUCCCACUGGAAGUCUGCCAGUAGAACCAAACAGCUGCCUAAACAAUCUGGCAGCAAAUCGUCCCGCACAAUUAUUAAGACAAACGGGAACUCCUCAUCAGCGAGCCGUCGAGAUCGAGCCCCAGGGUCAUCAACUGACAGCAGCCAACAGUCAUCCAGCGCUAGCUCUAGCACCACCCCGGUUCGAGUCACCAGGUCACACGGAGGGGGCGAGCGGGGCUCAGCUGAUGGCUACAGCAGUGGUCCCACACCCUACCCCCGGUCCCGGAGGACUGCUCACACUUCACGUAUAUCAGCUCGCAAGGUGAUUGGGAGUGAUGGCGAGAGUGAGGAAGAUGAAGAGACCGAGGUAGAGGAGGAAGUGAAUGUGAAUGUUGAGGAUGAUGAAGAAGAGGAAGAACAAGAAGAAGAUGUUGCAAAGGUGCGGCGGACCAAACGGAAAGCGGCUCGUCGCAAAGUGCUGAUUGACAAAGAGAGUGAUGAGGAAGAGGAGGAGGAAGAAGAAGAAGAAGAGGAAGAGGAGGUUGCAGCAAAGCCACGGGGCAAGGUCCAGCCAAAACGUACCACAAACCGGGCAUCAGGUGGAAGAAGUAAGGGUGGAGUCUCGAACGGUCACUCCAAACCUUCAUACAGAACACGGGCUGCUACUGGCAAAGUUAAACCUGCAAAGUACAUGCCUGACGAAAGUAGCUCAUUAGUCUCAAAAUCAGAAUCAAACUCAACAGCCACAUCAUCAACCAACUCCCCCAGUGGCAGAACAUCAUCGUCAGACAGCAGUAGCAACAACAACAGCGGUAGUGGCACUGAUGACCACGGUGAUGACGAGGAUGACAAACAGCACAGUGACUAUGUAGACUCUCCUAGAUCUUCCAAACGUGGGGCAGCAAAACCCGCCACCAGAUCAAUCCAGAAACAAGUGGAAAUUGUGCGUCAUAGUGCAAGAGAAAGGCGGAAAGUUCAAGACAAUAUGUUUGUGUACGAACAACAACGAAAAUCCAGAAUCAAGACGAGGAACCAAGGGAGGAGGACAGUUCAGUAUCAAGAGGACGAGAGUGACAAUGAGCGAGCAAAUGGUCGGAAUGGAAUGGUGGAUUCUGACUCUGACUCUGACUCAAGUGAGAACCGGUCAUCUCCAGAUAUGACCUCUAUGAGUAGUAGGGGUCGAAUACGGAAACUUACACCGCGUGCCCGGGCUAGUCUUAUGGGAGACUGAUGUAUGGAAGGGCAUCUCAUCUAAGUGCUUUAAAGUGGUGCAUGACGUGGAUACUUCGCUCAAAAUACUGCCAUAAUGUACGCCCAACUGUUACCAUGGUUACCGUGUGGUAUUACUCAUAUGUGUUUGUGUGUGAAGAUGUUCCUGAGUGGAUGUUUGCGUGAACCUGAAUCAGAAGUUUCCUGUGAAAACCAGAGUGUUAAUAUUAUGCAAAUGUGUGAAAUCUUUACCAAGCAUUUAUUUCUCAUCACUUUUUCAGUUCGCAAAGAGAAUCAUAACACAUUGCUACAACAUGUAUAGUGCAAGCCUUCAGAUGGCAAGUACGAGCUUAUUGGAAUCAAAAUCUGAAAACAUCACACUGUGAAAUAAUUCUACCCGGUUAGUUGACAAUUGUAGCAUUCAGACUCUGCCAACUUAAGGUGAAUCUGUAGACAAAUGUCUGUGAUUAAUAUGUGUGGUUUGCAAGUCAACUGCAGUAUCACUUUUGCUCAAUGAAACCAUUUUUGCUAAUGCCAAUGAAUUAGACUUCUAAUUUUCUAUCAGUCUUGUGAUAUGAUUGCUUACAGCUACAUUGUAGGAUAAAGAAGGAAAGUUCAUCCUCAUCAUAUAUUUCAUUGUAUGUUUCAUCAUUGAUUGUCAUCAGCUGAUCACAGAGAGUGAUGGUGUUGAGACAGUGGCAGCAUAUGGAGUCAUUUCUCCUCCUCAGGAAAUAGUGCUUAUGUGAUGAACUGUAUCAUGUAAAACUUUGUUCAUUUUCUUUGGAUGAAACAGUUCAAAGUCGUGAUUCAUUUUGUUGUAAGAAAGAUGAGGAAUAUUGGUGUGCCAGUCAUGGAGAAACAUGGUAUCAAAGUUAAUUAUAGAAAAACAGUAAAAUGUUGAAUUUCUCAAAUUCAUAUUGUCUCAGUACAUGUAAACAAGUGUGGUUUCCAGUACCCAACUGAACCAUUUUCUGCCUAUGUUGCUUUGCUGUUGAUGAACAGUUUAAUAACAGUGAAACUGUGUAAGUCUGGACGGUGUCCUUUCAGGUCAAAUAGCCUGGAUUAACAAAUGUCUGCAUUUACAAACCAACGGUGAGUAGUAAUGUUCCUUCCAAAACAUGGACAUUGAGAAAAAUAGUAGUCUAGAACACAGGGUUUCCGGAGUAUUGAGGUUUCACUGUACAGAAGCAUGUUGUUUAUCCGUACACCUCUGGUUUGAAAACUAUGUUCAUGUGAUUGAAUGCAGGGCUAUCUGACACUAGGUAGCUGAGGCUGUGAAAAAUGGCCGGCUGACCGUCAACAUUGUCAGUGAAUGUGUUUGUGUGGGAGGCCGAAGCAUGGGCUCAAACUAACAACCUGACACUUGCUGCACCCAGAUGACCAGCUGCAUGUAUGUAGGCAUUUCAUCAUUGACAGUUAUGUCUGACUUGACAGAAAUCAGGAAACCCAUGUUUAUUUGUUAAUAUUUCUUAUUUCCAGUGGAUGUUGUUGAAAAUCUCUGCCAUAUAUCUAGUGUGUCGAGAAAAGAGGAAUAACUGUAGAUUAAAGAAAUACCAAUUUCAUUCUCAAAUUUAGAUUGAGGUUUAUUUGAACAUUUCUGUCCAUAUUUCAAGUAAAGGAUAACACUGUAAACCCAAGGGAAGGUAUUUAUCUGUUUGUAUUAUAGCGUGACUACCGUAUUGUUUCUCUAUAAGGUAUCCUGAUGGUUCUUAUUCUUUCUGGUAUUUCUUGCAUUUCGACAGUUCAUAAGUUAUUUAAAACUAUCUUCUCGGUUUUGGUUGAACAUGUAAAACCUCUAGUUUGGGCUUUUCCCUUGCUCGCAGUUUUACAUUUUCAACCCAAGUGUUUUAACUAUAGGUUAGAAACUGACAGAAACAUCUGGAACAACAUUUAUCCCCAAGUUUUUGUUUCCAAAACACUUUCCAUGAACCUUGGGAAACAAACCUAAUAUGUAUCUUCCUGGCGUACUUGUAUUUGAAAAAGAGAUUCUUAAAAGCAUUAUUAUUCUACAGAUUUAUCAAUGCCUCUGUAGUUAGUGGUUCACUCACUAGGCUACAAGUAUGAAGCUUGCAAAUUUGAUCCCACUGAAAUAUAAGUAAAAUAUGUUGUUUGAUUUUACAUUUUGCACAUUUCCUUAAAUUACAUUGUAGUGUGUCCUGCAGAUUUUGUUCAAUUGCAAAAGAAAUCUCUAGGGACAGGGACUUCUGUAGAAUAACCAUGGGACUGUGAUAUUCUACAAAAAGUCCCUGCUAAGAGGUUAUUCUAUGAAAAAAAGGAGGAUAACAUCACAAGAGGUUUAUAAGGCCAUGUCAAUACAUCUUUGGCAUUUGCCAUAUUUAUUUUGAAAAAAGAUUUCCAAACAUUACAUCAUAUGAACAUGUUGGAACCACACUUGUUGACCCCUCUUCAGUGUGGUUAAGAAGUGAAUAUAUGGCUUAGGUAGCAAUACAUGUGUACAUGCCCUCACAAUACUCCUGGUUAUGUGGAACUAACUUGACUGUUACUGACAUUACAUAAGAUAGGAUUAUUCUGACCACGAGUCUGUCCGAGGUAGCUAGCUGUCUUGCUUCUAGCUACUUUCAUUACUUUCCAAGUUUACCAGUAUUUGUUCAAUAUAUAAUUGUAUAUAACACUGACUUGGUCAAAAGGAGAAAUCUAGUCUUAGAAUUCUUUGAUAUUAUACUUGUAUGAUGGAGUUUCGUGAUACAGAAGUUAUUUGUACAUUUACAGACUAGUUGGCAUAGUGCAUUAAUGCAUAGGGAUAACUGGAAUCAGUUUUAUAUAAUCAAGGGUUAUGAAAUGAAAUGUCAAUGUGAUUUACGGAAGCCUUUUAGGGCCACUUGUUUUUAUGUUGUUUUUUUCUUGAAAUUUCAAGUUAGUAUCGUGAAGUUUCAACAUAGCUUCUUGCAAUUUCAACAAAGCAUCUUGAAAUUCUAAGUUGAAAUUUCAAGAUACAUAUAUUGAAAUUUAUAGUUUUAAAAUGUCAACUUAUUAUCUUGAAUUUCAAGAUCAUUAUCUUGUAACUUCAACUUGGUAUGUAUUUAAAGUUUCAACUUAGUUAUCUUGAAAUUUCAACUCAAUAUAUUGAAAUUUCAAUAAAAUGUUAAAAAAAAUUAAAUGGCUCUAAAAGGCUUUCGUGGUGGUAAGCAAAUUUAAGAAAAUAUUUGUUGGAUGGAUGGAAUGAGUGGCAUUUAUCAUGCAUGCAAGUCAAAUAAGCUAUGCCAUAUUUCCUCAAAAUGAAUUAUAAAUAUUGGAUAUUAGUAAUUUAUACAGUUCUUGACAACAGCUGUAUCUCUGACAUGUCCUUUUUCCAAAGUAAAAGAUUACAUUAAUGAAUACAAGAAUUAUUGAUUUGUACAAUUAUGUUACAGUAUUUACUGUUUGCUGACUAGUUAUUUCAACCAUACAACAGUGAACAACGAUGUAUUCAUCUCAGCCUUUUUAACAUGCUCUACACCAAGUUGUCCUAUGUCAGUAUUUUGUUGCAUAUCACUUGGAGUCAUGCUAUUUUCCUCUUGACUGUCAAUCAUGGACAGAAAACACUGAUGUCUGUAAGUUACUAUCAUGUGGGGUGUGUACGAGGGCUAAUAAUGAGUAAUGAGGGCAACGAUGGGUCUUUCAUACAUCAAAAUAUCCUUAUUGAGAGCUUUGGGUGUAAUUUCUACACUAUCAAACAGUUAUUCCAGUGUGUUGGACUGUUCGACUUAGACUUUGCGAGAUUUGAAUGUAGCAAGAUUAUUUUCUGUUUAAGAUGUAGCUAUUUCUUCAACAGGGAUAGGCCGCUGUUUUUUUAAAGCAAACCUGAUUUUGGAAAGUGGAGAAUUUGUUUUUAUUGAAAUAUUCUCCUAAAAAAGCUUUUCCUUCUGAUUAAUUGGUUUGACACAUCUGUCAUUAUGGUAUAUACCUCCUUCAGGAGGUUGUCGGGACGGUUGGGUAGCCUAGUGGUUAAAGCGUUCACUCGUCAUGCCAAGGAGCCGGGUUUGAUUCCCCACAUAGGUACAAUGUAUGAAGCCCACUGUUGGUGUCCCCCGCCGUGAUAUUGCUGGAAUAUUGCUAAAAGCGGCAUAAAACCAUACUCACUCACUUACCCACUCACAAGGAGGUGGUCAGAUUUUGAGGCAUGAUUACCUCUACAGGCAUGAAAGUUUGUGUUUGCAUGUAUCGUUACAAAUCCUACCACAUGAAAUGUUGGUAAUGUUUAUCAAAGGUCAAGGUCAUCUUUAAGGUUAUAAAACAUGCCACUAUCAUCGCAUAGUUACUGUUUCACGUUUAAUUGUACAAUCCUGAAAUUAGAUAAUUGUUGGAUAAUUGUCUUUAUUGAGGUCAAGGUCUGAAAGUCAUGUUUCUUGACAGGAAGUACAUGGCACGAUGCCAUUUGUGAGCGUUACGGAAAUGGCAGUGAAGGGGGCGAAAACCGCAUUGUCAGUGGUUCAUAUUGGGAAAGGGAGGUCACUCUAAUUUCAAACGGGAGCUAUCUCUGGUGUUUUCGUAUUUGUACGUUGUUGGUCCAGCUAUUAAAUGCCCAGCUUAUCCCUAAGGUAAAAUGUAUUCUUAAUUAAAUGUUUGAAUGCAUUAUAUAUCUAUGUUUCUAAGAUUGGUUUAGUGCUGAUAACCAUUUUCUAAAAUGUGGGCCCACAUUUUUCCCGUCAUCUAUGGUGAUCGAAACAAGUGGGCCAACAUUUGUAUUUCGCCUAGCUUCGUUAGGUUGUUUCGUUAGUUCUGAUAAUCAAUUCCUAAAUGUGGGCAGAAGUUCUUCCGUCAUAUUGAUUACAACAGGAGGGACCAUGUUUAUUAAUCGCGAAAUUCGACUUAAAUAUUGAUAAUAAAUUUUUCAAAUGUGGGCCCACAUUGUUCCUGUCAUAUAUGGUGAUCGAAACAAGUGGGCCCACAUUUGUAUAUCGCCUAGUGGGUAGACGUUCUUCCGUCAUAGUGAUUGCAACAGGAGGGACCAAAUUAAAAAAUCGCUAAGCUUCAUAAGCUUGGCUUACUUAUGACCAUUUUCUAUAAUGUGGGCCCACAUUGUUCCCAUCUUAUUGUGAUCAAAACAGGUGGGCCCACAUUUGUAAAUCGCUGGGUUUCAUUGGGUUGACAAAGUCAUUUAGGCUAGUGGGCUCACAUUUGUCAUUACUUUGCAUGGGUAUGUGACAUUAUAUAUUAUUCUUAUUUUGCAAUAUUGAUGGGAAAUAUCUUUAUAAAUCAUUUCGUGUGUCGUUAAUUCCACGAAAGGCACAAAAGUCUUUGAAGUUUGAAUAACGUCAUCAUAGCUGACCACACUAGUUUUACAAAAAUAGCUACAAAGCAAGAAACUUAGAUCAACUUCAAGUUAAAUUUACAGAGGCAAUACCACUCAUUCUACUUUUUCCAGUAUAACACAUCAAUCUAAUCAUAAGUGUUGGUGGCGAUAUAAGCCUGAAAAUAUGUCUACAUUUGAAUUGAACUCGGACAUGAUACAAGCCUGAAACGCUUCCGAGAACUUGUUCCAUUAAAGGAAUAACUCAUGAAUAUUAAUGACCCCACGACCUAGUUUGGCGAUGUUCGUAGAAGUGAGUUCUGCUGUAUUGCCAUCGCAUUAGUACAUUUUAAUCCAAUUAUAAGUCAUAAUACUUAUUUUAAAUAGACAAAAUAGCAGUUCGUAAUGCGGGUUUGUUUACGUAGUACAUAUUCUCAACAACAAGUGCGUUUAGUUUCAAAUGUGGGCCCACCUCGAACUUUCGAUUAGGCAAACGGAGUUAGCUCCCUUCUCAAACCACCGAUAAUGCAGUUUCGCCGUUUAGGGGCUGCUCCUGUUUUUUUGCAAAUACUUGCAAACACCCCUGUCUAUCAAUGUCUUAAUGAAGACACCAUUUUUCUAAAACAAGCUCACGAUUAUUCAGUUUCAUUUUCCACAACAAUAAAUCACUUGAUGAAUUCUUCAACCCCACCUAACAAUUGUCUUAGUACUUAUUGCUCUUACCCUAAAUGGUGAAUGAAAAGUGCUGUUCACUUGAUUGGACACAUAAGAUAUUUUGGUUAACAAAUGCUGCUGUUUCUUCUUCUCUUCCUAACCUAUAUUUGUUAUUCAAUAUUUUAUGUUUAAGUUUCUUGUUUAAAAAGAAAUGAUUGUCUUAUGUUAGUCACUGAAUGCAUCAAACACCAGCAUACUUCCAGAAUAGAAGACGCAGUUGGUUCAAACAAAAUAGUUCAAAGGAAAUCACUUGGUAAUAUGUGUGAAUGUAUACCAGUUUAUUGAGUGAUUUUAUGUUGCAACUUUUAUUUCCGAGACAUAAUGAUGAAGACGAUUAUGAUGAAGACGAUGAUCAUGAAGACGAUGAUGAUGAUGAUGAUGAUGAUGAUGAUGAUGAUCCAGGUUACUGCAGCCAUGUCGGAGCACCUUUAGAAUACAGUACCACAACUUCUCGUGAGGACGAUCUCUGCCGUAGGUCAUGUGUCUCAAAGACAAGCAACCAGUUUUUGUGAGAAUCGUGACCUUGCGACCUUCAGAUUGUUAGCCUGACAGCUAAGUGACUGAUCUACGUCCAGACUGUGAAACCAUGUGCAAAUUUACCUAGUCAUGCCUAUGACAUUACGGAACUGAACGAAAAGGGUCGAAUAGGUGACGGACACUUGCGAAGGUUGUUGGUAAACAUGGCAUUUCGUGACUAGUCUGCGGACACUUACAUGUGAUCCCAAUGCCAUUUUGUGCACUCAUCCCAUUCCGUAAUCUACAAGAUACUGAGUGAUGAGGCAAGAGCUGCGAACUCAAAACGGCUCCAGGUGUCAGAUGUUGAACUCGCAGGUACGCAUUUGGUACAUUUGGAUGUGUUCAGCGCAAAUAUAUUAAUAUACCUAAUACACUGCAUUCCUGUGCAUAAUAAUGAAAAAUCAUUAAUUGAAGAAAACAUAUAUAUGUAUAUUAGUUCCCAUGUAGCCACUUGAAUUUGGAAAAAAACAAAAUGAAAAAUGUAUUUAAAAUAAGUGAUUUCAUAAACUAGCGCUUGCUGUAAAAUGCGCCACUGCAGGCAAUGUUUAGUAAACAAAUAUUAAAAACUCUCAACAUCGCUGGGCUUAUUCAGUUAUAUUGCAUGUAGAGAUGAUAGAUCAUUGAGAGGAGCUUAUGCACACUCGAUGACCCCUGAGGUGUGACUGACAACAAAAUACUACAAAUUUCGUCAUAGGGUAUUGUGAUGUGUUUGAAAAGUUUGUGGUACUGUAUUCUACAGGUAGGCCACCACGUCUAAUAUAGAUGGUGCACAGAUCCUUACUAGGGUGGAAACUAACUUGCAAUAUUCAUACACCUUGUGGUCUUAGCAGUUUUUAUCUGUGGUCUUUUUGUAACAUAUGAGCAAAAUAAAUAUGUUUCAAAACUCUUCUUUUACCAAUGCUUGAGAGACAUGUGACUGUUGACAUGUAUAGUUGCAUGAAUAGAUCUUAUCAAGACAUACACUACACUGUUCAUUCCUGUGUAUGUGUGGAGAAGCAUGUGUACUGAAUCGUUAGAUUUUGUUCUUUGGGAAAUUCCAUUUUUUAUUUGGCUGUGCAAUAUGAAAUUGGACUAGUUCCAUUGUCCUCUGAAGCAGACCCAGAGGUAUGAGACUUAAUCCGAGAUGUACCAAUGUGUCUGAUACAACCUCCAUUGUCAACUCAGAAGUUACACAUACAAGUACAGAUGAACAUGAAAGACAGUAUAGACAGGCCAGAUUAAGACAGAUAGUAGUUCUUCCCAAUGUGCGGACAAAGUUGCUAGAGAACUGGUAAACAUGUAACGUCUUUAACCGAAAGAAGCUUUUUUGACCCCAAUUAAGAUUGAUCAAUGUGCCCUUGUGGCAACUGAUGAGAAGACAUGAACCCACACUGUAUGAUUGAGUGUUGACAAUGUGAUCCCACUUACAAGCGAGACCUGGUUAUUAAGACAUCAUUACUUAAAUGUUUGUUAGAUGUGAAGUGGAUUGUUUCUUCUCAAACUACCGGGACUUCCUGUAUUUAGGUCCAAGUGUAAUUAUGCUCAUGGACCCACAAACGGAAAUAUUUCCGUAUAUAGGCCCAUGGACUUGAAUUCAGAUAUUAUUUUUGAGCGAUCUUCUGUAAGUUAAUAACUUACUCCCUUUGAAAGUUGAUAUGUGGCCAUGCACUACUCGAGGCAAAUCCUAAUGUACAUUUAACAGUAAGUUUGGUUCAAAGUUAACUUCAUGUUUUAUAUUUUCUCAGUUGAAACAACUGAAAUAAUCUUCCGAAAUUCAGUCCUGGGCUUAAUUUCAGUUAAAAUAUUCAUACAGGAAGUCCUGGCAACACCCACAGGGAAUAUCUAGGUAACAACCUUUGUGACAGAGGUAUAGAUUUCGAUAAUACGGGUGAAAUAAAGAUUGUGAUCUUGUUUUGACACUCAUUUAAGACUAAUAAAAACCCUGACUAUUUAAUACUGGUUAAACAGAGUUGUAGUGUGUAUCUUCAAGAUGGGGCCCCCAUUUCACAAAGCAAUUGUAACUUGACGACUGUUGGAAUGUUUGAAGGUUAUGACAGCACACAAGUUAUGCCGGCUGUAGUGCUAUUAUCACAGUGUUAAUUGUGGCCCUUGUCCCUCCAUCAAUGGUUUCAGUGUGCAGGUUUCAAGUUUGCAGCUUUGUAGCCUGAUAAUGGAACAUGUUAAUCUGGUUUGAAGACGUGUAUGUUUUUGUCCAUGAUUUCAUCGUGAAGCAUGUUUAGUGCAAAGCAUAAUCACAGGUUGCCUCCAAUAUUAUCAUGAAAUGGGUGCUACACUACAGUUGCAUUUGCAUAAAUAAUUACCAUAUUAAAAUAAUACUAAAUGUUAUUGUAAAUUAAGAUGUAUUAUUUAUUUGAAACAUAAGUCCAUGUAGUUAUGUACAGAUAUCUGACAGUUGUAUAAGGUGUAUGUCGAUUACAUGACUUGUCAAGUUGAUCUCUGUGCAAGUGAUGUGUAUUGCUGUCAAUCAAUCAUCCCAGGUGUUUGUCGACACACAGCUAUCAGCUGGCCUUGUCCUUUCUUGCCUGGAUGCUGAAUGCUGUUUUGAAAGAUUGUCAUGUUAUGAUUUAAGGUUGAAAUCUUCAUGUAUUCAGGUAUGUGUAAUAUAUACUUGUUAUGUACCUUGGUACAUUCCUCAUCAUCUUUGAAUAAAAGCCAAGUUUUCUUAA